AUGUCGCACGUUCGCGGACGGUACAUUCCCGUGCUGGAGCAGGAGAUGAGGAGGGCGGUUAAGGAACCUGUAGCCGUCUGGAGGCAGGAGUGGGUUCUGCCCGCGUCGUCGGCUGGCGGCGUGGCGGCGGAUGCAGCCGCCGCUUCAGGCAGCACCAAAAACGACGGCGGCCUCAAGAUCCUCAAGUGGGUCAAGACCAACGCCACAGCCGAGUUCCCCGAGGAAGAGGAUCAGGAGUAUGCCGGGCCCAUGGACCUCGACCCAGUCGCCGCGGGAUCGGCACCCGCGGUGACUGUGGCAGCGGCCGCGCCCCUAGCCCCGGUCGAAACCGCAGCCAGCUUGACGGGCGGCGCGGCGGGCGGCUUGGGCAGCAUCGCUCCUCCUGUCGACGCAUCCGCUCUCUCCACCGCUGCCGAUACAGAUGCCACGGCUGCGAACUCUGGGGAGGCUUCGUCGGCAGCACCACAUGCGGCGGCCCCGACAGUUGCGUCUGCGAUCCCUCCACACAUCUCGGGCAUCGACUCGCUCCCCGUCUCGGGAACCGUCACACCCUCCGCCUCGUCCGCGGCCGAGGCCGACACGUCCGGAUCGGCUUUGCCGCCGUCGUCUCUCGAUCCAUCCCAGUCUCAGUCCCGCGACGAGACCCCGCAGGCGCACCCGCAGGUCGCCGGCGAGCUCCAUCCUCCGCCGUCGGGCCUGUCGUACGAGGAUCAUCAAGCGACCGCUGCGACAGAGCAGCCGCAGGCGGAAGACGGCGAUGACAGCGGUGGCAGCGGUAGCGGAGCGGCCGCAAGGAUGGCGGGAGGCGAGCAGGGCAACACGGAGCGAGAAGCGGAGGCUGCGCUUCCACCCUCCGCCGAUGCCAAGGUCGAGGACAUCGAGACGAGAGGCGUCGUCUCAAUCGAACCUGGCACAGACGUGCGCCACGCCGACGACAUCCUGGACACCGAGGCAAGAGUCCAAGAAGUCGGCUCCGAGAACACAGUCGGGCAAGGCCCUGGGGAUGGUGAUGUCUCGAUGGCAGAUGUUUGA